AACAGAUGAGUUAUGGUUACCUUUUGUGUAAAAUAGCUAGUUUAAAUCUGACCGUCCUCUGACCAAUAGAGGGCGACAUAAAAUAAAAGUGACUUGUAUGUCGGUGGACUACAAAACCCAAGGUGCGCUACGGGAUGCCAAGAUGGCCGCGUCCUGAAUCUUUCGGCAGGUGAAGAAGGAAGGGGGGUUUUAACAGUGGAGUUCAGAUAUAAAUUUUAUUAGAAGAAGUAGACUUUUUGCUGGAAUUGUGUUUUGUGGCAAAUGACGGCAUGAGUCUUCUGUUAACAGUUUUGAAGCGUGUAAAUUUAAUAUCGCUUCCUCGUCCUUCGCCUCACCACUGCUCUGUCCCUAGGCCCUUGGAAGCCUCGGGGCUCGCUUGGGAAGGAGGCCGGGACAGUAGUGUUGAUGAUAGGCGCCUUGUCUCGGGCUCAAGCCCCGACGUGCUAGAGAAAGUACGCGGGCAAGUCGAGGUCAGUGAGAACUUCCUCACUGAAGCAGAGGAGCGCGCCCUGUUGCAGGAGCUGGAACCUGGGCUCAGGAAGAAGCGAUACGAGUUUGACCACUGGGAUGACGCCAUCCAUGGUUACCGGGAGACAGAGCGUGUGCAGUGGACCGAGGGGAGCUGGGCAGUGCUGAGGCGGGUCAGGCAGGCAGCAUUCCCUGCAGGGGAGCCCCUGCUGGGCCCGGUCCACGUGUUGGACCUGGACAGAACUGGAUUCAUCAAGCCACACAUCGACAGUGUCAAGUUCUGUGGCAGCACGAUUGCUGGGCUCAGCCUCCUUUCCGAUAGCGUGAUGCGAUUGGUCAGCGAGCAGGACAUGGCUGACUGGGUAGAUCUCCUGCUGCCCAGACGAUCGCUUUACAUCCUCAGGGACAGCGCUCGUUACAGCUUCACACACCAGGUCCUGCGGGACGAGGAGUCCUUCUUCGCUGGGCGCAGGGUCCCCCGGGAUCGCCGUAUCUCCGUCAUCUGCCGGAACCUCCCGGCCUGAGGCGAGGGAGCAGGGGGGAGGACUUAGACUGCGACACUGCUGGGGCUGCCCUGCUCCCUCACUCUGACGCCGAGGCUCAGUCUUCACGGGAGGAAAAUAGAGGUGCUGUCUGGUCCAGCCCCGUGUGGCCAGGGGAGGUGCGAGGGAUGGAAGUCCCAGAAUCGGGAAGGCGUCAGUCCUGUCAGUCUGUGAGAGUCCAUUCAUUCUGCAACAUGUCUGAUGGGGGUCUGAUUUCACACCACACCGGACAGACUCACCGCCGUGACACCCACUCUGCAUCUCCUUCAGAUUUAUUACAACUGUCACAUUGCAGCCAUGCACAAUGACAAAAGACACAAAUAAAAUAUAAUGAGUCAAACUCAUAGCUUUCCAAAUAAAUAAAUAAUUUAUUACUCCAUAAA